UGACUCAGUCCAAAGUUCAGGAGAUUGCCAUUGGCGAUGGCCGCUAUAUCUUGAACCACUAUCGGCUGUGGCCCUGGACUUUAUAUCGUAGUCAACGAAUAAACUAUCGCGAGCACUAAGGAUCAUGUGCUGGUCACCUAAGCCUGAACAAUCUUCAUUGCUCGCAGUAUUCGAAGAGUAGGCGAGACAGUCAGGCGUUGAUUUAGCGUCUUCGAAUUUAGUGUGGUCCGAAUAUGAUCAACUGGUGGUUGCAGUGCUCCAAGUGAAGACCCGACGUGGCAUCUUUUUUUUUUGUUUCUUAAUCCUACUUAAGAGGCAACCGACGUCGUAAAUCAAGUCGCGCGUGGCCACAGACACGUUUUAUUACCAUUGCUCGUAAAAAUUUUAGUGAAAAUGCCGCUCUUCAGUCAAUAUUGUAAAAGCAAGUCUCGCUUAGAAGGUAAAACUGUGGUUAUAACCGGUGCCAAUACUGGUAUCGGCAAGGAAACUGCGUGGAAUCUAUACAGAAGAGGGGCGCGGGUAAUCAUGGCAUGCAGAGAUCUUGUCAAAGCCAAUGCAGCGCUGGAGGAUGUGAAAAAAACCUUACCUUCCAAGCCCGACAAGGAAGAGUUCAAAGGCGAGCCAGGUGAAGUUGUCAUUCAAAAACUGGAUCUGAACAGUUUAGCCAGUGUGAGGCAGUGUGCGAAGAAAAUAUUAGAAACCGAGCCGGUUAUUCACAUCCUCAUCAACAAUGCUGGGGUUAUGAUGUGUCCGAAAGGGGUCACGGAAGACGGCUACGAGACUCAGUUGGGCACCAAUCAUCUCGGUCAUUUUCUCUUCACCUUGCUGCUGUUGCCAAGGAUCAUUCAAAGUCGAAAGGACUCUGAUCCUUGUUGCAGGAUCAUUAAUGUUUCGUCUCUGGCUCACAGGUUUUCAACCGGUAUCAAAUUUGAUGACCUGAUGUCGGAAAAAUCGUACGGUGCCAUAUCGGCCUACUGCCAGAGCAAGUUGGCCAACGUGCUGUUUACUCGGGAAUUAGCUCGCCGACUGAAAGAGGUGAAUAUCACAGGUGUCAACACUUACUCACUUCAUCCCGGAGUCAUCAACUCAGAGCUCAGCCGUCACCUUGAUGCCUCUUUUUUCCCUGGUGUGAGAUUUUUGUACAGUCUAGUGGGCUUCUUGAUAAAGACCGUUGAACAGGGCGCUCAAACGACCCUCCAUUGCGCCCUCGACGAGCAGGCCGCUAAUGAGACGGGCCUUUAUUACAGGGAGUGUGCGGCAGAGUCACCUUCAUCGUUAGCAAUGAACGAGAAAAUGGCCGCCAGACUUUGGGACGAGAGUGUAAAGCUUGUCGGUCUCCCCACGAAUGAUUUAACCGAAUUGAUCGAGAAAAUUCCCAUCGAGUAUGCCAGCUGAAUAAUUUAUCGCCGAAGACUAAGGUUGGAAAAUCUCCAUACUUUACACCAAGCAUUGGAUUGGAUGAUCUGCAACAUACCAUGAACUUGAAUACCUAUAAUAUUACUAUGUAAGCAAUGACUGAA